AUGUCCGAGAUCGAGAAGGCACUCGCCGAGUUGAAGAACCUGAUGAAGUACCGGACGAAAGAGCUCGGCUACGAGGAAGAGUUCAGAGGACUUGGUCUGACAAGUCGAAAAAACCUGUGUUUGCAUCCGACUGUCAAGCGCGAGAAGAGUGGCACCGUUGUCGACUCCAAGUGCAGAAGCUUAACGGCAGGCUUCGUCAAAGAGAAGAAAGAGCGUGGCGAGGAUGUGGAUCUAUGUGUUUACCACGACAAUCUAGAUCUACUGGAGCCGCACAACUUGGUACCUCCAGGCGUCUUUACAUUCGACGGACUACUCAAGUACGGCGAGAAACACAAGCAAUGUCCAUACUUCUCGGCGCGACGCAUGAUGGCCUACUGCAACGUCAUCAUCUACUCAUACCAUUACCUGCUUGACCCCAAGAUUGCGGAUCGCGUAUCAAAGGAGCUUUCCAAGGAUUGUAUAGUAGUUUUCGACGAAGCCCACAACAUCGACAACGUAUGCAUCGAAUCUCUCAGCAUCGACAUCACCGAGGACUCAUUACGAAAGGCAACCAAGGGUGUCAACAACCUGGAUCGCAAGAUCACCGAGAUGAAAACCACUGACGCUGAGAAAUUGCAAAGCGAAUAUGCAAAGUUAGUCGAAGGCCUCAGAACGGCAGACGAAGCACGGCAAGAGGACACAUUCAUGGCGAAUCCGGCAUUACCCGACGAUCUACUCACAGAAGCUGUACCAGGCAAUAUACGGCGAGCAGAGCAUUUUGUAGCCUUCCUCAAACGGUUCAUUGAGUACCUGAAGACCCGUAUGAAGGUUCUCCACGUCAUCUCCGAAACACCUCCAUCCUUCCUGCAGCAUCUCCGUGAUCUCACUUUCAUCGAGAAGAAGCCUUUGCGAUUCUGCGCCGAGCGCUUGACUUCUCUCGUACGGACGCUCGAACUCACAAACAUCGAAGACUAUCAGCCCUUGCAGGAUAUUGCGACGUUCGCAACCCUAGUCGCGACAUACGAGACGGGCUUCCUGUUGAUUCUUGAGCCAUUUGAAUCAGCCACUGCAACGGUGCCGAAUCCAGUCCUGCACUUCACGUGCUUGGAUGCCGCCAUCGCCAUAAAGCCCGUAUUCGAGCGCUUCUACUCCGUCAUCGUCACAUCAGGAACCAUGAGUCCCCUAGACAUGUACCCGCGCAUGCUCAACUUCAACACCGUCGUGCAAGAAUCCUUCACCAUGACACUAACCCGCAAGACCUUCCUCCCCAUGAUCGUCGACCGCGGCAACGACCAAAACCAAAUAACCUCUCAAUUCGAGCACCGCAACGACCUGCAAGUCCAGCGCAACUUCGGCACGUUGCUCAUCGAAUUCUGCAAACUCACUCCCGAUGGCGUCGUCGUCUUCUUCCCUUCCUACCUUUACAUGGAGUCGAUUAUUUCCGCCUGGCAAGGCAUGGAAAUCCUCGACACGGUGUGGAAAUACAAACUCAUCCUCGUCGAAACCCCCGACGCCCAGGAAACCGCCCUAGCACUCGAGACCUUCCGCACCGCCUGCAACAACGGCCGGGGCGCCGUCCUCCUCUGCGUCGCGCGCGGGAAAGUUAGUGAAGGCAUUGAUUUUGACCAUCACUACGGCCGCACGGUGCUGUGUAUGGGCGUGCCGUACCAAUACACCGAAAGCCGCAUUUUAAAAGCGCGGCUCGAAUUCUUGCGCGAAACAUACCGCAUUAAAGAAUCUGACUUCCUCUCCUUCGACGCCAUGCGCCACGCCGCACAAUGCCUCGGCCGUGUCAUCCGCGGCAAAGACGACUACGGCAUCAUGGUGCUGGCCGACAAGCGCUUCAACAAGAAAGUCACACAGCUGCCGAAAUGGAUCCAGCAGGGCCUCGAGGCCAAAUCCACGAAACUGUCCAUCGACCAGGCUGUGGGGAAUGCGAAGGCAUUCCUCAAGGACAUGAGCAAGCCGUGGAGUCGCAAGGAGGGCGAAGGGCAUAGUUCGUGGAGCUACGAAGAUUUGCGCGCCCAUCAGAAGAAGCGCGAACAACUCGCAAUCAGCGGCACGGACAAUGCUAGUAUGCGCGCGCUGGAAGGCAGGGCGGAGAAGGAGAAGGUCGAGGACGAUGGGGAUGAGUUUGGCGGAGAGGGUAUGGAUGCUCUCAUGGUGGAUGCGGAUGCGGAUGCGGAUCUUAGGUAGAACACUAGACUGCACAAGAUGAAUGAUAGCCGGAAGAAACGUGGACAGCACAAAAGGAAUGAUGGCAAGAAUACGGUACUGAGUGAUUAUUGCAGCCGGGCAACGUUUUGGCGCGGGGCUCGUUGGCGCAAGGGCUGGCGAGGCAUGAGGAGCAAGAUGAUGAUGACAAAGGUGUGCUUGGUAGAGCAAUUGGGCUGAAAAGUGGAUCAAUGAGCUGGGAAUGGGAGUUUGAGUAAGAAAGUAUACGAGCUUAGAUUGAUUCGAGGGCGGAAGAAUUUACGAAUCCAAAACUC